AUGGCAACGGUCAGUGAGGCGGAGGCGCCACAGCCUAGGAAGGUUGUCUUUGAUCUACCAACUGCAGAUGGUACAUCCCAAGCCACCGUUACUUUACAAGAAAAUGAAGAUGCCACCAAACCGCCCCUGCUACUCGACAUCACCAAACGAGCUCUCGACCCGCCAGAUAGUACAAACACACCACUCACCCAACGCGAAACCCACGUUAUCAUCUCCUUAGGAUCUGGUGCCCGCCAGGCAGAAAACUUCUUCAACAGCGUGGUCAAACCGAUUCUAACCGCCAUUCACGGCGAAGAUGGCGUAGCCAAGAUCAAAGUUCACACAACAACCUCAGCAACCAGCAUCUCAGACUAUACAAGCAACAUCUUGUUUCCCUCGGCAAACAACGGGACCCCCCUCCGCAUCAUCCUCCUCUCAGGCGAUGGCGGCAUAGUCGACCUAGUAAAUGGCCUCCUCUCCCCUCCCCAAAGCACAACCUACGCCUCCCCACAAGUCGUCCUCCUCCCCCUCGGCACCGCAAAUGCCCUCUACCACUCCAUCAACACCAAGCAGCAGCAGCCCUCAAACUGGGGCCUCGCCGCCCUCGCAUCCCCACACUCGGCGCCGCUCCCAGUCUUCACAGCAACUUUUUCCCCAGGCGCGCGCCUCCUCGUCGACGAAGCCCGUGCCGAGGAAGCACUCCCCAAAAACGAAAAGGGAGAGGGCCUUCUCCACGGCGCAGUCGUGGCAAGCUGGGGCAUGCACGCCUCUCUCGUCGCAGACAGCGACACCGCACACUACCGCCAAUACGGCGUCGAGCGCUUCCAAAUGGCCGCCAAAGAAGCUCUGUAUCCCGCUGACGGCGGUCCGCCUCACGCCUACAAGGCACGCAUCUCACGCCUCCUCCCGUCACCACAAAACGGCGAGGAAAAAUGGGUAGAGCUCGAGACUACGGAGCACAUGUACGUCUUGGCAACCCUCGUCUCGCAUCUCGAACGCCCGUUUUGCAUCUCCCCGGCCUCGGCCCCGCUAGACGGGAGCGUACGGCUUGUGCAUUUCGGCCCGAAGAGUGCAGAUGAGGCCAUGCGCAUCAUGGGGUUGGCGUAUCAAGGGGGCAAGCACGUCCAUGAUGCAGCUGUGAGGUAUGAAAGUAUUGAUGGGUUGCGCAUUCGGUUCGAGGGGCUCGAGAAGGAUGCGAGGUGGAGGCGCAUUUGUGUCGAUGGCAAGAUUGUGAGGGUUGACGAGGAUGGGUGGGUGGAGGUGAGGAAAGAUCAGGGGAAACGCGCGUUGGAUGUUGUUGUUGUCGCUGCUACGUAGAAAACGAAGAACAAUAGGUUUUUUUUUGUUCAAGAGAUAGAAUUUAUUUUCAUUACAAGGAAAUACCAUUACGUAUGUUGCAAAAACUACAAGGGAGGGGGAUAUCUAACCAAAAAAAAAACGCAAUUUGUGUGAAUCGUGAAAAAAAAACCCCCCGGUCGUAAAGCGCGUCUUUGUGUACUCAUUCCAAUGCCCU